AUGUCAGUAUCACAAGGGGCAUACCUUGCUGAGAAGGCCAUCGGCCAUGACGGAAGUUCAAUCACCGCACAAGAUGUUAGCAACUAUAGCGGAGAAGCUGGCAGAGCAGAGACGAUGAAGGCGUUAUGCUGGAUGGGUAAAAAUACUGUCGAGGUUCGCGAUGUACCCAGACCGAGGAUCAUCGAGCCCAACGACGUAAUCCUCAAAGUCACCGGCAGCACGGUCUGCGGAAGCGACCUUCACUUAUACCACGGAACUGUCAUCCAAUUAAGUAAAGGUGACAUCCUAGGCCACGAAUUCUGCGGUAUCGUUGAUGAGGUUGGGUCAGCGGUCAAGAAAGUUCAAAAAGGCAAGCGGUACGUGGCCUCGUUCCAGAUCGCGUGCGGUGAUUGCUUUUUCUGUAAGCAGAAGCUGUCAUCUCAAUGCGAGCGCACCAACUCCAACACUACCCAGAGAGCCAUGUACGGCGGUCAGACUGCCGGGAUGUUUGGUUACUCGCACUUCACGGGCGGUUUCGCGGGCGGUCAGGCUGAGUAUGUUCGCGUUCCGCUCGGCGACGUGAAUCUCCUCGAGAUACCCGACGACGUACCGGACGAAAAGGCAUUAUAUCUUAGCGACGUAUUAGCAACAAGCUACAACGCCGUGCACGACACUGCCGUCUACCCCGGCGAUCAGGUAGCUAUAUUUGGUGCCGGUCCCAUCGGUCAGAUGGCUGGAAUCUUCGCAAUCAAAGCCGGGGCCACCAAGAUCAUCUUCGUCGACACCGAGCCACGUCUCACUUUUAUCAGAAAUCACUGGCUCGCAGACCACUCUGAGAAGCUAGAGCUGGUCGAUUACAAGAAGCUGUCGUUCGGCGUAACAAAUAAGCCGACCGUCGUGUCAAAGCUGAAGGAUCUAUGCGGUGGAAGGGGUCCGGAUGCAGCUAUUGAAUGUGCCGCGGGCGAAUAUGCAAAGAGCUGGAUGCACUGGCUCGAGAUGACAUUGGGUGCAGAGACCGACACGAGCGAAAUCCUUAACGAGAUGAUAGAGGGCGUCCGAAGCUUUGGUCGAUGCGGAGUUACUGGCAUAUACGUCGGCUACACCAACCAUUUCAACAUCGGAUCUCUUAUGGAAAGGGGUAUUCGACUCAUCGGCAACGGCCAAGCACCUGUACACAAGUACUGGGAAGACUUACUAAAGAUGAUCCGGGACGGUGAUCUAGACCCUCUUCAGAUGGUAUCUCACCGCGUUCACCUAGAAGACUUGGAUAAGGUGUAUGCCAAGUUCGAGAAGCACGAGGACGGUAUGCAAAAGGUAUUUGCCGAGACUAAAUUCUCGCUACCGGCGUGUGCGGGCAGUCCUCAGUUGACGAGGUAUUGA